CAUUUGCCUAUUAAUAUAACUAAUCACGAAUAUAUAAAAUAUAAACUGAGCUAAAAUGCCCGCCGUCGAAAAGUAUGUGAUAUACGACUGGAAGCGCCUUUGGCAAAUGGUAUCUGGCAUACACUAUGAAACACCCAAAGGCACAGUGCGCGAUGAGCUGAUGAAUGUUUGCUCUGAACUGCAAGCAGGCGUCCUACAGUUCAAGCCAAAGAGCGCCUCCAAUGUGCAGCUAUCCACGCUGCUCAAUGAAAAGAAACAAGAGAAACUGUUGCCCUUCACAGAACGUCUGCAGGAGCUGCUGAAUCUGGAGUCCGCUCAAUGCUGGGAGAUAUUAUGUUACUAUCUGACUAAAGAGUAUCGUGGCUCUGCCAGUCUGCUCACACAGCUCAUAUCCACAGAGACGAAUAUGACUAAGCUUUUAGAGGACAUACGGCACUAUUAUUCUUUGGAGCGCAUGAUUGUGCUGAAGAUUGUAAAGAAUCUGCUCGUAUUUUACCUAGUGCCCAAUCAUCCGUAUUAUGUGGAGUACAGAGAAGUUGUGGAUAAGAUUACACUGGAGCGUCUACUCGACUCCUACCUCAAUCAACUGGAUAGUUUGAUUAAUGAGCUGCCUCCACGCAAACUGCUGUCAGGCGAGGGGUUCCAUUGCACGGAUCGACUGAUUAACUGGUCGGAGCGCAAUGCACGCGAGACCAAUGAAGUGUUGCACAUUCUGCUGCUGAUCAGCGAACAUAAAAAUCUUAAUUUGACUCAAAUCAAGCGACUGUUUUCCACCAUUAAACAGCAUUCGUUCGGUCGCAUACAAAACUAUCUCAGCGAGACCAAUCUCUAUCAUAAGGAACUGAUCAAAAAUCUAACCUAUUCAGAGCUGAUGUUGUUGCUCAAGUGUCUGGACAGUGAUAACGGAGAGCUAAUCGAACAGAUUAUUGAUGAACUUCAUGUGGAUAUAUCCAGCAUGCAUCAUAGGCCAGAGCAUGGGCCCUUGCUACUCGUCUGGAUGCUGUUGCGUUUGCGUGGCACCAAUGAUGCCGACGAUGCAUCCAGUUUACUACGUUGUCGCCAGCUGGGCAAGCGAGCUGUAGAGCUCAAAUGCUUCGAACUGCUGCACAGCAUUGCAACUCAUGCCAUGUUUGCCGAUGACAGCCUGCUCUCUCGCAUAGUUAGAAAAACCAUCUACAAUCAACUGUGCUAUAUGUGCGACCUGUUCGAUGGCGAUGGCAGCUGUGCCCGGUACGAUGGCAUCUUUCCACUGUUGUGUGAGCUGCUCUCCUGGCCGCAACUGGCCAAGGACUUCUGCAAUCGUAAAGAUGAUGGUGUGCGAUCCUUGUUUAAUACUCUACUCGAGAACUUUCCUGUGCAGUUCAUUGAUUUAGCUAACAUAGCUCAGGCUUUAACCAAGGGCGGCCAAGGCAACUAUAUCAAAGCUCAGCUGGAGUCGCUUCCCAUGCUGGCACUGCUAUAUGACGAGCAGACACACAAGCUCAAGGAGUUGGAAACGAAUGAGUAUGAGCUAACCAGCUCGCUGCAACCAUUUCCACGCAUCGAUUUUACACUGCCUGUUGGCACCAGCUGCACCGCUGUUCAGCAUGCCAAUGGAUUCUAUAUGCACUUUCGCUGCCAGGUGAACUUCUUCAAUGCGCUGCAUCAUGAGAUUAAUUGCCUGCUGCGUGACAAGGCGCAGCUGCACGGCGACUUCGAAUCAAAUGAGCGCGUUUUACGUGUCGAAGCGGGUCUCAAGUAUUUGGAGCUAGCAGUGCAGCGCACCAAAUCAAUAGCAGGCAUCAGUUCUGAAAUGGUGCAUCCCACAGAGAUGUGCAUCGAUUUGCUGAGCAAAUUUAAGAGCGUACAAUGCCCGCCUGCCCGCCUCUUAUCCAUUUGCUUAAACGUUUGCACUGCGCUGCUGCCCCUCGUGGAUGAGGAGAUCUUUAUGCGUGUCAGCCAUUUGGAUAUACUACCCACAACUAGCAGUCAAUCGCUGCAGGACUACAAGCUCUGUGCGAGCGCUGUUUACUUCGAGUCGCGUUUCCUUGGAUCUGUGAUCGAUAAUGUGGAAAAGAAGCAGGAGCGUUACGAUUUCCUCUUGGCCUAUCUGCACUUUCUGCGCACCUAUACAAAGCUGAAGCGUCAGCGUUACCUUCAAGUUGAGAUACCAGGCUUGGUCUUUCUGCUGCGUGACGUCUUUCCGCACUUGCACACCUGGCACUUCAAAUCCCAGCUGGACAAGAACAAGAUAUACUUUGAAGUGCUCAGCUUCAUAUGCGAUCUGUUCGAUAUUGUGGGCAGCGGCAGCGAGGUAAAGUGCGAACAGCGACAGCUGCUACUCAAUGUGUGCGUCUACUCUCUGUUAAAUCUGGAUAAUGGUCUAAUACUCUUGAGAUUUGUAGGCGUUGGCAAUGCCUUUGUUCAAUACACCAUGGAACUGGAGACGAACUGGAUGCAGCAGCAGCCACAUGGACUCAUGAUGCUUGUUCGUCUAUCGAUGCGCAUAUUGAUGCAGGUACUGUGCUUGAAGAGCCAUGUAUAUGGUACGAACACGCUGUCACCGCUGGAGGCGCUCAUCUAUACACAGCCCAAGCAGCGGGAUACGUUGCGGAUUAUACCCACAGUUUGUAGCUACAUGAGCAACAUAUUUGAUCGCUGGCUGCCCAUUGUAUCCUGUCGCCUGUUGAAGCGCAUUGCGCUGGAGUUUAAUAUGUCGCUGUUGGCUUGCCUGGACAUGGAGGCAGAUCAAAUCCGACUGACUUUCAUGCAAAAACUGCCCGAUCAACUGGAAAGUGAUUCGAUUAAGAUAGCCAUACUGGAGCUAGUGGAUGCGUGCAUAGCCAAGCAGCCCGGUGUCACAGAAGCCUUCUUCAAAGUCAACUAUGCGCAUGAUAAACGCUCCUUUUUUGGCAAGGAGUGCACGCCCUGCAUUGGGGACAGCAUUGUCACCUACAUGAAAGAAUUCCUGGAUGCACUCGAUGAGGUGCCCCUGACCAUACAGCAGACGCUGCCCUGUAAGAUCAUGAAUAUAUUUCAUUCGCUGUGGAAGCACAAUCUGCAGAUGCUUGUGGAUGAGCUGCUCACACAGCCGCAUUUCUGGAGAAAGCUCUGCAGUCCUCUCUUGGCCAAGCCCAGCAGCCAGCCUCAAGUGAGGGUAUACACGCAGCUGAUAAACAUAGUCUCCAUCGAGAUCUACAGCACGGGCAACAGCCAAAAGGCCGAACUACGCGAGGUAAUGCAGAAAUUCUUCGAACGAGAUUGCUUUCAGCAAUGGCUCGACUAUGUCUUCGAUAUGCCCAAGGUGCCGGCUACCCAGAGCUGCAAUGAGGAGCUGCCCGACUGGAUUUGCUGUUUGCAAUCAUUUAAAGACCUCAUUGUCAUAUUGCUGAAAAAGCAGCCCAACUUUAUAACGAUACCCGAUGCCCAGUUCAAGCUGCUGGCUAAGAAGUGUCUUACAGUUCUCGUAGAGCGGGCCAACUACUUGGAGGAUAUGCGUCCCUUCAUUAUGCUAUCCGAGCUGUACAUAUUUAUACUAUUGCAGUUCAAGCAGGCAUACACGAGCAACAGCGAGGAGGAGCAGCAGCUCAUGGAGCAACUGCAGCAACUUAUGUCACGCAUAUGCGCCUGCUACGCGGAUUUGCAUGUGCGCGCUAAGGAAGCCUGUCUGGCCAUCAUAACCAAGUGUGCGCAUCUCUACGCGAAUCUUCUUAUAAAGGAUUCAGCGAUCUCUCUGCGAUUUCUCAACUCUGUGGUCAGCAUCAUCGGCUCGGAGCUGCAGGAUAUGGAGAAAUCCGUAAAUCUGGAUCCACAGGCUCCACUGCAACUGCCACUAGAGGAAGCCAAUGGUGGCCUCUUAUCCGCGAAUUCCCUCAUCUUAUGCCUUAAUCUACUAAAGGCAGUUGCAACAAUCUUUAAUAGCGAUGGCCCCGGUAACUGGGACCUACCGUUUGUGUCGGUGCGCCUCUUCCAGCGACUGCUACACUGCGUCUCUUACACGCUGCCCAUCCAUAACAAACGGACGCUUAGCAUCCAGCUGCUGGACGUACUGAUUGUGUUUGCUAAGAGUAACUGCUCCAGCGAAUUUCUGCACUGUGAUGUGGGCGAGCAUCUGUGGCUCAAGCUGCUGCCGCCUCGCGAAUUGCUGCAUUUCAAAUACGAGUUCAACAAACCAGCAACGAACGAUGUCUGGACUAUGGAACAGUGGUGGCCCAUCUACUCGCGUGGCAUUGAGCUGGUCAACAUCAUCUACGACAAGCACAAGAAAUGCUUCCUUCACGAUGUCAUUCAAUUUGUGGGCAUACAUGAGGUCUAUCUGGUGGAUUCGCUGCUGCUGGGCAAACAGUCUCUGGAGCCCGCAGCCAUGCAGCUAAUCAAGGCGGCCAUCUCACUAGUGGCCAGCUUAACGGAAGAUCACAAGGAAUGGGCACAGGAGCACUGCUCGGCCAUGCUCAACAUUAUGAGCGCUGUCCAGGGCUUGAUGUGCCACGCCACCUCAAUGUUUCAUCAGCAGCGCAAUUUGAAAUGCUUGCUCGCGGGCAGACGAUCGCAGCUGGAGAUAUUGCGCAGCAUGGAAUCGAUUACCAUUGACGAUGAGAUCAUCAAUGCCUGCAAUGACCUGACUGACAUUAUUAUAUUCUGUGUGAAGGCAAUGCAAAAGUUUAGUCCUGAUUUGUUGGACACCCUUUGCUGCAGCUACUAUGAGCCACACAAAUGGCAGCCUUUGCUGGAUGUUAAAUUUGGAGCGCCCAAGCUGAAUGAGAGCAACAUAACUCUCACUUUUGGCAUGGUCCUCAACAUGGUGACCAUAUAUGUAAAGGCCCUGACUAUGCAAAAUCACGCCUUCCACGAGGUGCCGCUCAACGUCCUGCCCACCGUGGAGCUUGGCGAGGUGACAGACCACAUGGGCUCUGGCGAGAAGUCUGACGGUCAGCGCAGCUUUACACACUCUGUGUCCACUGCCAGCUGCCCUUCGAGCGAAUUGCUCUGUAAUUUGGAUGGCCAACUCUGUCUAGUGGCACUCGAGCAUCUGCUCAUGUUGGUGGCCUCGCAGAGCAUCUAUGUGAUACGCUCUCCGGAGCUAGAGCCGCGCUGGAAACAAAUUGUGCGACGUGACAUUAGCAGCGAGUUGCUUAGCUUCCAUGAGUUUGUGCGUCGCAAGGUGAUUGUAGACUAUCGGGAUUCUCGCUGUCAGUGGGUAAGACGCAAACAUGGAUUGUUAAAGUUCAAGCCAACGAACAUGGCGAUGAGCACAGGAAAUGCUUCUGGUAGUCAUCGCAACAACGAGGUGGCACGUCGCACGAGCAGUGCCGCCAACGACCUUCGCGUAAAUGUGGUACGGCGCCUGCAUCUGCAGCAGCAUCCCCAGCAACAUCAGCAGCAGUCUAGCAACUUGGAGAUGACUCGCAUGUUGAGCCCCAUUGGAACGCGUAAUUUAAGCAGUGGUCAUCAGAUGGCAGCAUCUACACCCCAAGACUCAACAGAUGUAAGCGAAACACCAAGAGCAGUCCAUCGAGACAGCAGGAAACGUUUUUAUGCGGGAGAUUCAAAGGCCAUUGAAGUGCAGUACUUGCAGCCACCUGCAGAGCCCAUCUAUUGUGAAUUGUCGCAGGUGCAGCUGGUGGAAGAGGAUUAUCUCCAGUUAAUGUCUGCGCUAUUUGGCGUUAUUCCACAAACUGAAUAAGAUUUUAGUUUAGAGAGAUGUAUUCUUAUGUUAGCAGUUAUUAGAAAUUU